UCAAGGCCAGUCCAUGAACCUGGGGUCGGCGGAGGAGGAGCUGAGAUGUCUCUGUGAAGCACUAACAGCUCCAGACCCUGAGACUCUGUUUCAGGCAUCUUCCAAAAUGGCCAGGGUUGUUAGCGAGUGCUUUCCCUCAGAACAGGCCACAGACUUUAUUAGCACUACAGUGGAUGUUAUGCUGUCUGCUAGCCCCACCUGUGCCACGGCAGCUAGACCGUGGAUGAAGAUCAUCCUGAAGGAGUGUGGAGAUGCCAUGCUGGACCAGGUACCAGAUAUCCUAGAUAUAAUAUAUAGCCACAUGCCUACUAUCCAGAAGGGCAGCUUGAGGCAGUUCCUGGUGGAGGCAGUGUCCAUUCUAGCUCACCAUCACCUAGAGGCAGUGAUCUCCAGCCUCCCUAGCAAACACCUGCUGAUGGACAGUGACACCACUGAGCUGUGGAGAUCUCUGUGGGGAGACCUCUUGCUAGCCACUCAAGUCCUACAGGUCCUAAUAGACAAAAUAAAAACUCCAACAAGCCAAGAAGGCAGCAUCACCUCAGAGACUGAAAUUGACAGGCAUUUGACACCUGCUGAACCUCUCUCAGCUUUUUAUCCAAGCAUUAGAGUCUGUGCUUUUCAAGGGUGGGAAUGA